CAAUUAUUACAACCAAAAAAAUAAAAAUAAAAUAAAAAUAAAAAUACAUCAUUACAAAGAAGAAAUACAAUUGUGCAGUCUUGUUGUAGUAAUUAAUCACCAGAAUCUAUGCACACAUUGUUAUUUUCUCACUAUCAUGACAAAUGUGAAUGUAAUGAACCUAAGAGCAUGCUCAAAUUAUGAAACAAUAAAUGAAUGCAUGAAUAUACAUGAUUGAUAUUGAAAUAAUAACAUAAAUGAAUGAAUGUCUUCGUCUACAUCUUCACGUUCCAAAUCAAAUGCUAAUUCUGAAAUGACCAAAGAUAACAACAACAACCUUUCUCUCAGCCCUAUACAUUCCAGCAUUACAACUAAUUCUUCUGACAAUUCUGUCAAGAAUGAGAAAAAGAAAAAGUCUCUCUUGCCAAAGAUUUUUGGAUCAAAGAAAAAUGGAAGAGGCAUGGAUGAAGAUGCAGUCAAAUCAUCAAAUGAAGGAGAUUCAGUUACUCUUGAUUUGGAGAAGAGGAUUGAAACUAGAAGAAAAGCAUUCCUUGAAGCUUCUCCCAUCAUGAGAAAAAGUUUCUCAGAGAGGGAGACUAGUCCUGGGAUUGAAGGCCUAAAUUUGUCCAAUUUUGAAAGGCCUAUGGCUCCAGAAAAUGAAAUUCAGAGUUUCAGGGUCUUUGUAGCAACAUGGAAUGUGGGAGGAAAAUCUCCAAGCUAUGAUCUUAACCUUCAAGAUUUCUUGCUGGUGGAGGGUUCUGCAGAUAUAUAUGUCUUAGGAUUUCAGGAAAUUGUUCCUCUAAGUGCUGGAAAUGUUCUAGUAAUUGAAGACAAUGAACCUGCUGUAAAGUGGCUAUCAUUAAUAAGUCAAGCACUAAACACACCAAAAAGUGAAUUCAGUGAUUCAUCUGAUUCAGGAGCAGGAUCGAAAACCAAUAACAGCACAAAGGAAUCAAAAUCACCAGCAAGUCUAAAUUUCUUUCAAAAGCCUUCUCUUAAAGCUAUUAGUAGGAGUUUCAGGGCUGAAGGUAGCAGCCUCCUUAAGGUUUGCAAUUGUCCUGUGGAAUCUCCAACUAGAGAGAGGAGGAGGAUGAGAAAAUUUAGUGAUCCUAUGAGUAAGUUAGAUUCCGAGAUUCGCGGCGAAAGCACCAUGGAAGAGUUGCUUUCAAUUGCAGAGAUACCCCCUUCUCCUGGUCAAUCCAAAUACUCUCUUAUAUCAAGUAAGCAAAUGGUCGGAAUUUUUCUCACCAUAUGGACAAAGAAAGAAUUAGUACCUCACAUUGGCCAUCUUAGAGUAGACUCCGUAGGGAGAGGAAUCAUGGGUUGCUUAGGUAACAAGGGGUGUAUAUCAAUGAGUAUGUCGUUACAUCAAACAAGUUUUUGUUUCGUUUGUAGUCACUUGGCUUCUGGUGAGAAAGAAGGCGAUGAGGUGAAGAGAAAUUCUGAUGUAGCUGAGAUUCUUAAAGGCACACAAUUCCCUAGGAUUUGUAAGAACCCUUGUAAUCGAGCACCAGAAAAGAUAGUCGAUCACGAUCGAAUAAUAUGGCUAGGAGAUUUGAAUUAUAGGGUGGCUUUGAGUUAUGAAGAAACAAGGAUUCUGUUGGAGGAUAAUGACUGGGAUACUUUGUUAGAGAGAGAUCAAUUGAACCUAGAAAGAGAAGCAGGAAGAGUAUUCAGUGGUUUCAAAGAAGGAAGGAUAGUCUUUGCACCCACUUACAAGUAUUCACAAAAUUCAGAUUCUUACGCUGGUGAGACUGUUAAAUCAAAGAAGAAACGCCGAACACCUGCUUGGUGUGAUAGGAUAUUAUGGCGUGGAAGCCGCAUCGAACAAUUAUCAUACAUUCGCGGAGAAUCAAGAUUUUCUGAUCAUAGACCUGUUUGUGCUGUUUUUUCUGUUGGUGUGGAAGUAAGAAGCAGAAACAAUAGGUUCAGAAAGGGGUAUUCUUACACAAGCCCAAGACUUGAAUAUGAAGACUUCAUACCUCAAAGGCAUAGUUUCUAUGAUUAUUGAUUCAACCCUCAAAAUCAAACUUGUAUAUUUCCCUUAGUGUCUAUAUAGAAAAAUGUUUUGUCAUCUCGCUUUUAUUUCCUUUCUAUUUUGUCCUCACACUCACCAAUGUGUUCAUAGCUAGUUAGAAUUAAUUAAUCCUAACAAUAUAAUAGCAAAUGGCUUAUGCAGAAUAUUCACUUAGAGAUCCAUGUAAAUAUAUUUAAGUUGAAUCAUUCAUUGUGACACAAAUAUGAAAUCAAGAGAAAAAAAAUUAUAGUAUUAA